AUGCCAAUUCGUAAAGAAACUACACGUCAUCAUCUUAGAGAUAUAAUACACAAGGAAAGGAUUCAAAAAGCAAAAGAACGUAGAAUCAAACGGAAACAACGAAAGGAAAGUGGUGCACCGGCAGGAAUUCCUCAAACUCUUGAAUCACUUAGAACAGUUGAUGAAACAAUCGUUCCUAAAGAUGACGAAGAAGUUGUGAUUGAACAUGAAACAGAUGAGUUUUCAUCUAUUUUUAAUGGAGAAAUUACUCCUAAGAUUUUGUUGACUCAUUCUGAUCGUGUUUGUCCUAGAACAAUCGGGUUUUGUAAAGAAUUAAGUAUGGUCAUUCCAAAUGUUCAUCUUGUUGCACGUUGGCAUUUACCUCUUAAAAAAAUUAUCCCUAUGGCUAUUGAACGUCAAUUCACUUGUUUAAUAAUUGUUAAUGAAGAUCAGAAAAAAAUCAAUACUCUAAUAGUUAGUCACUUACCGAACGGGCCAACAGCUACAUUUCGCCUAACUAAUGUAUUACUUCGUCGUGAAAUGCGUUCAGCUAAAAAAGUCAAAUAUAUUGAAUCGAAUAUAAUACCACAUUUGAUUACUACACGCUUUAUGACACGUCUUGGUCUACGUACUGAACGUAUUUUAAGUUCAUUAUUUCCUAAUGAAAGUCGUUUACCGCCACAACCACAUAGUAGAACAAUCGUUUUUCAUAAUCAAAGAGAUUAUAUCUUUUUUCGACAUUAUCGUUAUAUACAUCGUGAUACAACUGAUGUUCAGAAUGAUGAUGAUAAUGAAAAUGAAGGUAAACAUAAUACUGAACAUAUCGCAAUGAAUGAAGUUGGACCGAAAUUCACAUUGAAAUUACGUUCAAUUCAAUUAGGUACUUUUGACAGUCAAUAUGGUAAUUAUGAAUGGGUUCGUAAACGAACAGAAAUUGGUAGAAGUCGGCGAACAUUUAUCUUAUAG